UAGAAUAGCAGAAGCAUAUCAUUUUCUUUCCGCCCAAGAAAUUGAAAUUCAUCGGCACAAAACCUCUCCCAGAGUAAAGGAAACGACAGGCGAAUAAAGAAUUCAAAGAAAUGGACGUGAUAAAAUCGCAGCAGAUAUCUUCGCGGCCGAUCGAGAAGGUUGUGGUGCACCCGCUGGUGCUGCUCAGCAUCGUCGACCACUACAACCGUGUGGCGCGUGACACUAGGAAGCGUGUCGUCGGAGUUCUGCUCGGAACUUCCUUCAAAGGAACCGUUGACGUCACCAACAGCUAUGCCGUGCCUUUUGAAGAAGAUGACAAGGACCCUAGCAUCUGGUUUCUUGAUCAUAAUUAUCAUGAAGCAAUGUUUUCCAUGUUCAGAAGAAUAAAUGCCAAGGAGCAUGUUGUUGGCUGGUACAGCACAGGUCCAAAACUGAGGGAGAAUGACCUAAAUAUUCAUGGACUUUUCCAUGACUAUGUUCCCACACCUGUACUGGUCAUUAUUGAUGUUCAACCAAAAGAGCUUGGAAUACCUACUAAAGCUUAUUAUGCAGUUGAGGAAGUUAAAGAGAAUGCCACUCAAAAAAGCCAGAAAGUGUUUGUGCAUGUUCCUUCAGAAAUUGCUGCUCAUGAAGUUGAAGAAAUUGGAGUGGAACACUUGUUACGAGAUGUAAAAGACACAACUAUCAGCACCCUUGCAACAGAGGUUACUGGAAAACUUGCUGCUUUGAAGGGAUUGGAUGCGCGGCUGAAGGAGAUCCGAAGUUAUCUUGAUCUGGUUAUUGAAGGGAAGCUCCCCUUGAACCAUGAAAUCCUCUACCAUCUCCAGGAUGUGUUCAACCUACUUCCGAAUCUAAAUGUGUCUGAACUAGUCAAAGCUUUUGCAGUGAAAACAAAUGAUAUGAUGUUGGUCAUAUAUCUGUCAUCUCUUAUCAGAAGCGUGAUUGCUCUCCAUAAUUUGAUCAAUAACAAGAUGCUUAACAAAGAACACGAAAAGGCAGAAGACUCGAAGCCAGUUGCUGUCCCUACUGCUGCUGGCAGCUAAACUUGGAAACUUCCUGGGAGGGUUUGCUUCUGCUUGAUGAGUUCUAAUCAGGCUAGCAGGACUUGACUUUUAGAAAUCAACUCGCACGUUUUGGCGAUGUUGCACAAUGAAGGCACUCUAAGUAGUUCGGUCAAGUCUCCGGUGUUGUUCCUGUUUGGUUUCAGCUUUCGAAAUAUAGCAUGAACUUUGAGCACUCAUACAAACUGUGUACUGAUAUUCGCACCGAUUAUCGGCAUGUACUCGAAUAGGAAUUAGUUUGCUGCAGUUAGAUACAAGUUCUGGAGCCAACAGAGAAAACAUGAGAUGAUUGAUUAUGUUCUUUUUCUUUCUUUUUCUCUUUUGUGUGAACCUUCACUCCGUUCCAGAAAGGGAUGUGUAUCUUCCGGGCUUAAUGCGCAGAUUGCUCCGAGGCCUCUCA